UUGGCAAACAAUGCUAGUUAGGAUGUUGCUUUCAAUCUUGUGCUGUGAGUUCAUAGGUUAAUUACGUAAAAGUUUAUUUACUCUUCCAUCUCAGUGGAAUGGCAAUUUUUUGUGGAUUAUUGUGAUUCUUAAUCGAUUUUAUUUCAUUAUUGAUCUUUAUAAAUUUUUCCAGAUUUUGACUUGAAGACUUUCGUGAAAAGUCAGCAAGAAAAAGAAGUUUUGUGAUACUCGAAUAAUGCAUAUUCAGAUUGAAUAAUCUUAGUUUUUGAUUCAAUAAAAAAAAAAACGAAAUCCAAAGUAACAAUGAACAUAUCAUUUGAAACAAUAUUAACUCUUUUAUUUAAAGUCAAAUUAAUUAUUCUACUGAUUGUGUAUGUUUCUUGUGAUGGUGAUAAACCUUUACCAAUUGUUGGUACUCCUUGUGCAUCACCAGAAGUGUUGGUCAACGGCUCUCCAAGUCCGGAUAUUCUUGACAUGGUAACUGGUGGAAAGUCAUCAAGUUUCACUUCAAUUGAAGAGAUUCUCUUUGUGGGACAAUUGAAUCCAAGUGAUGAAAAGAGAAUAUGUAAAAUUAAAUGUAUGAAAGGAGUUUGGGUUGGACCAAUGUGCAGUUCGAAGCCUGGAAGCGAUGUUUUUGAACAUCCAACUUUUAAAGAAUGUCAAUUGAAACCAAGAUCAAAUGAACUCGUUAUUACUCACAAUGUAUCUCAAAUUGUUUUGGAUCAAGUUCAAACCUUUACAGACCAAAGUAUCAUUAAGGUGCGAUGUAAUGACGUUGGCCUUUACAAGUUCAACGGUUUUUCCGAGCUUCAAUGUAUCAAAGGUAUCUGGGAUCAUCCAUUGCCAAAAUGUGAGGAAACAACAAUGCACACAAAUUUUUCGCUUGACUCACCUCCAUCAAUUGUAUAUAGUGUGACCUCGGGUGAUAUUGGAAUAACAGAUUCUGGUGAACUUUUGGUAACCCCAGGAACCGUUCUGCAUCUUGAUUGUUUAUUUUCACGAACAAAUGGAGACCCAGAAUGGACUUGGACAAUGGCUCAAAGACAAUAUCCAACUGGAUGGGCUGUAAGUGAAGACUCGCGAAACUGGAAAUAUCGUUUAUCUGUAUAUUACACAAAUGAAAAAGACUCUGGCCAAUUCAAAUGUACCACACCCAAAGGACAUUUUAAUAGCAUUUCCAUUAAAGUAAAAGAUAUUGAAUGUCCACCGAUCGAUUCAAGUGAUCCAAAUAGGAUAAUGAUUGUCGAUGGAAGGAAAAUGCACAGUCAAGCUCGAUUCUCGUGUGUCGAAGGCUAUUUUCUGGUUGGAUUUGAUGAUAUCGUUUGCACUCCAAACGGUUAUUGGUCUCAUCCUUUACCCAAUUGCCAAGCAAUUGAAUGUCCACCUUUAUCAACUGAAGAUCCUUACCUGAAAAUGUCAACCUACAAUCGAACCUUUGGAUCUCGAGUUUACUUUUCUUGUCCCAAUGGGUACAGAUUGAAUGGUUUAUCAUCCAUUUCGUGUUUCAAAAACAAUACUUGGAGCAAUGAGAUUCCUCAAUGUGAAGAAAAUACUUGUCCGAUUCCAUCGACACCAUCGAAUGGACGAUUACUGGACAUUGGCCAUUAUCGAACCGGUGAUUAUGUUCAAUACUUUUGUAAUUCAGGUUACAUCAUGAUUGGUGAUGGUCUAUCAAUUUGCCUUGAAAACGGAACUUGGUCCAAACCAACGCCCAUUUGUAAAGCUUCAUGUGAAUUUCCUGGUGAACCAACAAAUGGCUAUUUAAUACCAACCAAAUUUCAUUACAAUAUUGGUGAAACCAUUUCAAUUGUAUGUAAACCUGAUUAUCGUCUUCAAGGGUCAACAAUACUUACCUGUAACUCGGAUGGUCAUUGGUCAGUUCCAUUGCCCUUCUGUAAACCUGCUUAUCCAGUCAUUUAAUUUGUAAAUACAACGGUUAACCCAAAAUAAAGUACAUAUCACACAAGGAA